AAAACCCAAAAUCCAUUUAACCCAAACCCAAAAAAAAAAAAAAAAAAACAAAAGGGGUGAAAAAGUCCCCCUCCUCGCUCUCCUCCAUGACCUUCUUCUUCCCCCUUACCCGUGCACCCUUUGCGCCCCCCCUGCCCACCAGCCAUCACCGGCCUUGCUCUGCACCAACCCAGCCGCCUGCGCCCCCUGCGACCAUGCCGGCCAUCAUGCCAUCACCGCGCCCUACCCCCCCUUCUCACCGAGCCUGCGCACCUUAUCCCCCUCUGCACGAACCAACCUCUACCCUCCUCUGCACCAAUCUCCUACUUCCUCUCCCCUCUGCAUCAAUCCCCAACUCUGCACUGAGCCAACCCAGCUCUGCCACAGAUCCCCUGCCUUGCACUCGAGCCUUAGCCCCUACGCGCCUGCACCCUCCUUUGCCUGAGCCAGAUCUGCACUUAUCACCCCUCCUCUGCCCGAGCUAGAUCUGCACUCAUCACCCCUCCUCUGCCCGAGCCAGAUCUACACUCAUCACCCCACCUCUUCCCCGGACCAAUCGCCAGCCCAUCCUGCGUUCAUUACUCGCCUGUGCUGCUGCACCCCAACCCAACCCAAUCUUGUACCGGCUCUGAUCGUCUGUUCUCCUUGGCACCUUGUCUCAUUUUUCUGCAAGUGUGGGUAUAAAUAGAGGGUGGUUUUUGGUUAAUUUGGGGUCUGUUUUGUUGGGGGGAUUUGCCUUGUUUGAAUGUGGUGUGGUGUUGACGGAGGAGAACAUUUUUGGAGGUUGACGAAGAUUGAAAAGGAGGCUUAUUUUUCUGUGUCUGUUUCCUGCAUUAGGGAAUUUUCUAAACAGAGGGAUUUUUGGGAAAGAUAUUGAUGAAGACGAAUGGAGCUUGAUCCCGUGGGUGGGAUCCCUCCUUCAAAUCUAGAUCUGUCUUCCCCAAAAUUUUCUGCCUUGUUUGUUUCAAUUUUUUCUUAAAUCUUGAUGUAUUGGAGUUGUAUUGGAUGAUGAUAUUAUGAAUAGAAUCAAGUAUGCUUU